AUGCUGACCAGUAAAAAAAAGACAGGGCAAAAAGAUCCAAAAAUAAAUACACACAAUAAUUCGUUUGGUUUCGUAUUUAAAAAAGAUCCAAACCCAAUAAUAUUUCCGAAUCGGAUCUAUCCAGUCCCCUCCAAGGAAAAGCUCUAUAAAUACAAGGAUCUUGCAGGGAAUAGAGAAAUUGUACCAAAUAUUGUGAAGCUUUUGGGGAUAAUAACUGGUGAAAGAUGGCUCCAACUCGCAACCAAGGCUGCUCGCAAGUCUGCUCCAACAACUGGAGGUGUGAAGAAGCCUCAUAGAUACAGACCUGGAACUGUUGCCCUUCGUGAAAUCCGCAAGUAUCAGAAAAGUACUGAACUUUUAAUCAGGAAACUGCCUUUCCAGAGGCUUGUUCGUGAGAUUGCUCAGGAUUUCAAGACAGAUCUGCGUUUCCAAAGCCAUGCAGUGCUGGCACUCCAAGAGGCAGCAGAAGCUUACCUUGUGGGACUGUUUGAGGACACCAACCUGUGUGCAAUUCAUGCCAAGCGUGUUACCAUCAUGCCCAAAGACAUUCAGCUUGCUAGGCGUAUCAGAGGGGAGAGGGCUUGAUUUGUCUUCUCAUUUAUGUUUGUGUUGCUUAAAUCUAAAUCUAGAUGUUAUGUUAUGUUUGAUAUUAAGCUUUCUAGUUUGUACCUCCUUAGUGCUAGUAUCAAGUUCUAUUGUUCUUGAGAUUCAUGUUGCUGGAUGAUAUUUUGGAGAUUAAUCGUUUGUUUAGCAUUGUGGUGUUUAUUGAUCUUUCUA